AAGGAGGAGGAGGAGGGGAAAGUGCAAAGGGGAAAGGAGGAGAAGAAAGACGUGCCCUUCUCAAAAUGGCAUUAGGCAAGAGGGAGGGGGCGACGGGCGGCGAGUCUCCGCUGACAGCUCUGCCUGCGCCUGGCCGCCGGCCCCUGCCCCUCUCUGCCUCGCACACACAAACGCUGAACUUACUUCUUUCUGGCUCUCUGGAAAGGGGAAGCGCCAUCUUUGCGAGGCCGGCCCCUAGGUCUUUUGUCUGUGGCUGCUGCUGCUGCUGCUGGGGGGGGAGCUCCAGGCUCGGGGGGCUGCUGCUGCUGAGGCGGCUCCACCACCGCCACCACCAGACUCUUGUCCUCCGUUGACAUCCUAGUCAGCAGGACGAGAGAGACACAUGGAUGAUGAUGAUGAGGAUGAAGAUGAGGAUGGUGAUGGGGAUCCCGAUGCUCCUCCUGCUCCCGCGGCUCCUCUCCUCCUCACCUCCGCCUCCUCCACCUCCGCCUCGCAUUGCUGGCCUCAGCCGCCGCCGACCAGCACAGUGCGACACAUAGACACAGGACCCGCCCGCCGCUCUCCUCCCCCGCCGCGGCCCCACACUGCGCCUGCCCGGCCCGCCCGCCGUCCGUCCCACGGCGCAGACACCCAUCCGCUGCCGACACUGACCUCACGGGCUGGCUGCCGCGCCGGGCUGCGGCAAAAGUGCGGAGCCGCGGAGCGAGGACGGAAUGGGAUGAGACGGGACGCGGCGCCCCGGGGAACCCCACGCACCCACCCCGCCCCGCGGGGGCCGGCAGCCCGCUCGCUCCACCACCCUCUCCCCGCCCUUGUUUUUUAUUUAUUUCCCCCAGGGCUCCGUGGAAAAGAAAAAUAAAAGCCCCAUCUGUAUGUGGGAUGAAAGUGGCCGCUUCACAGCGGGAUGCUCCCUCCCGUCCCCGCACCGGGGCUGAGCUCCCCGGGAUGGUGGCUUCGAGGACAGUGCACGGUGGCCGGCCCGGCGGCGCUAGGUCCUCCCGGGAAGCCAGGGCACGGCUGGCUGCUGCCUGAAGGCGGGGAGCGCCCCCCUUCCCCCCCGCCGUGUGUCUACGGCUCAGGGCGGGUGGGGGAAGAAGGC